AAUGGUAAUGUCAAAAAAGUAACUGUCAGGCAGGUCAAUGAACUUUGCAAUCGCAAAGUAGUUCGUGAACUGUGAAGAAGAUAGUUUUUAAUUUUAUUUAAUAAAUGAAAUUAGAAAUUAUAACUGAAACCCAAUAAAAACUGAACCAAAAAUUGUGGAGUAAUACUUUGACUAAGAUGCCUUUCUUCAGUGGAAAAUGUCUGAGUACAGCUAGACUGGUGGGCAAGACAGCCAUUAUAACUGGCUGCAACACUGGGAUAGGAAAAGAAACUGUCUUGGAUUUUUAUAAGAGAGGUGCCAAAGUAAUAAUGGCUUGUCGAAGCAUGGACAAGGCGGAGGAGGCGAAAUCUGACAUUGAGGAGCGUUGCAAGGAUUUAAAAGAUACUGGCAACAUCGUCCUAGCUAAAUGUGACCUCGCCUCCUUGAAGUCAGUGAGAGAAUUUGCUGAGAAUAUUUUGAACACGGAACCACAGAUUAACAUUCUCGUUAACAAUGCUGGUGUUAUGAUGUGCCCUAAAACUGAAACUGAAGAUGGCUUUGAAAUGCAAUUUGGAACUAAUCACUUGGCACAUUUCUUGCUGACUAUGCUCUUACUCCCUCGUAUCAGGAACAGCAAGCCAGCUAGGAUUGUUACUGUAUCAUCUAGGGCACAUAUAAGAUAUGGCAUCAACUUCGAUGACUUGAACUACAAGCAGCGGCGCUACAACGCGGCUGAAGCGUACUCGCAGAGCAAACUCGCUAAUGUACUGUUCUCUCGAGAACUAGCAGCCAAACUUAAGGAGCAUAACAUAGAAGGAGUGAACACAUACAGCCUGCACCCGGGAGUGGUGAGGACGGAGCUGGGUCGUCACUUCAAUGAGACGCUGUUCUGGGGCGCGCGGAAGAUCAUCGGGUUCAUGCUCUUCCCGUUCAUGAAGUCGUCGGAGCUCGGCGCGCAGACCACCAUCUACUGCGCUGUGGAUGAGAAGUGCGCUAACGAAACCGGCUUGUAUUACGCUGACUGUGUGCCAACCAACACGUCGCCGAAAGCUGAAAGGGACGAGGACUGUAAGAAGCUAUGGGACAUGUCAGUGGAGUUGGUGAAGUUGGGAGACUACAACCCUUUCACUGCACCCGAUCCCGGUGUGAAGAGCAAAUGAAACUUUUAGGACAUGACAUUCUAAACUUCUACUGAAUUAAUUAUUAUGUUAUCGGUUUACUCACGUAACUGUUUGACGAGGAACAGGACACGACGCGGCGACUGUCGCGCUGCUACGUCGCCGCGUCGUGUGUCGCGGAAUGCUGCUCAUGAAUAUGAGCCUCUAGCAUAGCUUGAAACUAGUCGAGUUCCUCGUCAAACAGUUACGUGAGUAAGCCGAUAACAUAAUAAUUUAUUAAGUAUGCUUCUUCUAAAUACUUCGACUGCCAAUGAGUUUACUGCCAGGCCGACAUGAUUGCUAAUAUAGCGAGGGGUUACUUGUCCAAUAAACUAUGUGAAGUUGUAACUUUCGUGAGACAUACUAAAUUAAUCGCCGCGUCGUGUGUCGCGGAAUGCUGCUCAUGAAUAUGAGCCUCUAGCAUGGCUUGAAACUAGUCAAGUUCCUCGUCAAAACAGUACGUGAGUAAGCCGAUAACAUAAUAAUUAAUAUGUGAAGUUAUUGGUCAUUCAAUUUGUUUGCCGUUAUUAUUGGCGCCAUCUGUUGGCAAAUAAAUCUGUAAACUCCAUUAUGGCAUUCAGUAAUACCAGUGGUGAAAUGAGAUACUGCUUAUAGCAGUACUUAUUUUAAAAAGAUGAUGAUGGACAUAAUAGCUGAUUAAUGUUCUUAAGAGCCACGCCUUAAGAACGUUAAUCAGUUAUUUAUAUAUUACAGAAUAUAAUAUAGUGUAUGUGAAAAUAUAAUGUAAUCCAUAGAAAUCAAAGUCUAUUUAAUAAAUGUAUUUAUUAAGUGUAAGAUCAAACCGUCCAUUGAGCACAAAGUUUUUUAAUGUAUUUUAACUUUAUUUUUUUAAUAGGCCCUAGACUUAAUAGUAGCCAGUAAAAAAACCUGCUUAUCGAUUGAUUUGUUUACUAAAGCUUGUUUGCAAACCUUUAUAAAUAUAAAUAUAAAGGUUUUGCUAUACUCAAUGUUCAUUAAAGCAUAGUAAUGGACCAUUAACUGUCUCUGAGAGUGAACUUUUUUUUUAGUUACAGAAAUUUAAAAACGACUUAAGUAACCAUAAACUGGCUGAGUUAAGCAUCAAAGCUGUUAUUGGGAAGUUCAUUCACUAGCCUAAACUAGGCUUUAACACUAUACAUCAAAGUUGAAAAUCUUUUAAAGAUCAAUUAUCGUCUAUUUAUUUUCUGACGUACUUAAUAAAAAUAAGCAUUGUAUCAACAUCGAUAAAUUAAAAAUCUUUUUUUACGUA